AUGUCGGAAGAGCACAGUGAGCUGCAUAGCAGCCUGUCGGAGAUCAUCACAGGCGUAGAAUCAAAUGUAGCUUCAGCCUCCUCUUCAGCAUCAUCUUCUUCCUUGAACGAUGAUAUAACUCCUUUCCCUUCUCCCGUACUAUCCGCUACUUCCCUAGCAGGCUUAUCAUUAUCCUCCGAUGGCGAAUUGGAACCGGAAGUAGACGAUUCAAAGAUCGUGACCGAGGAAGACAAGCAGAAGGCAUUAGAGUUGAAAGCAGAGGCUAACAAGGCUUUUGGAGCAAAGGAUUUCAACAAGUCCAUCGAUCUGUACACUCAAGCGAUAGCUCUCAACCCGAAAGAUAGUACAUUCUGGAAUAAUAGAGCAAUGAGUAAAGCCAAGAUGGAGGAACAUGGUGCUGCUAUAGCGGAUGCUACCAAAGCGAUUGAGCUCAACCCUAAUUACUCCAAGGCGUAUUUCAGACGUGGUCAAUCUUACCUUGCCAUUCUCAGACCCACGGACGCUGUACCAGACUUCAAGAAGGCCAUCUCGGUCGACCCGACGAAUAAAGCUGCAAGAGAACAGUUGCAGUUGACAGUGAAGCUGAUCAGGAAGAUCGAAUUCGAAAAGGCUAUAUCAGUUGGUGAAACCGAAACGGCCUCUUCCAAAUGUCUUUCCCUGAUUUCCUCCGGAGCAUGUACACUCGAUCUCAACACCGCCAAACCUGAUUUCCCACUACCUAUCAUCCCCAACGACCCCAACGGUCGAUAUAAGCCUACAGAGGAAUUCGUAAAAGGGAUGAUCGAGUCAUUCAAGAAUGGUGGGAAAGUACCUAAACGAAUAGCCUGGGAGAUCAUUCUGGGUUGUAGAAGUGUGAUAGAGAAGGAGAGUACGUUGGUGGAGAUCAGUAUACCGGAGGGAGUGACGUGUGAUAUCAUUGGAGAUACUCACGGCCAAUUUUUCGAUGUACAUAAUUUACUCUUGAUGACUACUCAUCCUAGCGAGUCCCACUAUAUGAUCUUCAAUGGCGAUCUUGUCGAUCGUGGAUCAUGGUCGGUGGAAGUCGCUCUUACUGUAUUCGCUUACAAGUGGUUAUACCCGGAUUAUGUAUUCAUAAAUCGUGGUAAUCACGAAACUAAUGAUAUGAACAAAGUGUACGGAUUCGAGGGAGAAUGUAAGGCCAAGUUAGGAGAGAUGACAUUCAAGUUGUUUGCGGAUGUCUUCACCUCAUUACCCCUCGCCGUCCUUGUGUCUGCUACCCAGUCACCCGCAUCACCCAAAUCAGAAGGAUCUCAGCCUGCAAUACUAUCGGAAGGGAAAAGGAGGUUCUUCGUCUGCCAUGGUGGUCCCCCUGUCAGUAAGGAUGGUGUGACAUUGGAUGAAGUUAGAAAGAUAGAUAGAUUCGGUAGACAACCUGGACAAGAAGGUAUCAUGUGUGAGAUGCUGUGGACGGAUCCACAAGAGCCCAACGGUCGUGGACCCUCCAAGAGAGGUGUUGGACUAGGAUUCGGUCCCGACGUCACGAAGAGGUGGUGUGAAUUGAACAAGAUAACGGCUGUCAUACGGUCUCAUGAAGUGAGAGCGGAUGGUUAUGCUAUCGAGCAUGAUGGAUUGUGUAUAACUGUUUUCAGUUGUCCCAACUAUUGUGAUUCGACUGGCAACAAGGCCGCAUAUAUCCGCAUGCAGUCGAAUGGAUCAUUAUCAUACCAUCAGUUCGACGCUGUCCCUCAUCCCGAUGUUAAACCCAUGGCAUACAGUUCCGGGUUCAACCUUGGAGGGUUCUAG